AUGGAAUUCAUCCAAGAAUUCACACCCAACCAAAGUUACGAGAUCAAAACAAUACACGACGAAUCUCAGCACCCAGAGUUACUCACUCCAGACCAGACAUUUUUCCUGCUUCAAAUUUUAAUGUUUGGUGUAACCCCAACCAUCUCGCUGCUGGGAGUUGUAGGGAAUAUCUUUAGUAUAAUCAUCCUAAAGAAACAAGGCCUUCACAAAACGUCGAACAUUCUCCUUGUAUCGCUUGCGUUUAGCGAUAUACUUUUCCUCAUUGGAUUCAACAGCGUGCCUAAAUUGUUGUACGAAAUGUCGGGUCCUGUAGAGGGGUUCAGGUUUGAGAAGACCGACUCUUAUGUGCUGUAUCUAUUUCACCACGUCUUCAACAACCUGGACUACGCCUCUGGGGGAACGUCCCUGACUUUACCCAUGCUGAUUACAUUUGAAAGACUCGUUGCCGUGUUUUUACCGUUAAAGUUUAACCUGAUUAUAACCCCGGCCAGAACUUGGGCGGCCGUGUUCUUCAUCAACGUAUUCUGGUACGCCUUCUUCAUUCACCUGUCAUUUUAUGUGACAUUAACGUAUGCGGUAAACAAAGAUCUAAAUGUCACAUUAGGUCUGAUCGAACGCUCCCAGUACCACGCGGAUAACCCGGCAACCGUCGCCAUCUUGGAAGACGCCAUGACCUACUUAGUGAUGAAAAUUCCUCCUAUCGUUACCAUCGUCGGUUGUGUUCUUGUGGGCAUCAAGGUCAAGCUCGCAGCUAGCCGACGACUCAAGAUGACGUCGCAAGGCUCGAAGAAAGAAAAAUCGAACCGGACGACGAAGAUGCUGUUGGCUGUGUGCGUCGUGUACACCAUCGCCUGCGCCGUUUUGAACCUGCCCAACUACAUCCCCCAGUACAUGUACUACACCAUGACGAGCGACGCCCCCUCUAACCUGGGCAAGGUCAUGUACCAGGUCAUGAACAUCGCCUUGUGUAUCAACAGCUCCUGUAACUUCAUCGUCUACGUCAUCAUGAACAAAAACUUCAGGCGUUCCUACAAAGAACUCUUCACAUGCCACCAAAAACAGUAG